CGCUUACACAAACUGCGGGGAAGCUCCCAUUUUCAGCUCAUUGGGACGAUCAAAGCUUCCGGUAGAUGGGUCAUAAAUGCAUGGCGAAGGCGCCUGUGGAUCUCUGGUUCGCACCAGCUCAUUGCCCUCUGCAUCAUCAUUAGUCCACGGUGUGAAAGCACAUAUAGUCCAUCAGAUAUGCCUACUCCAUUCUUCCACCAGAAGUACGCAACGCAAACCCAUAAAAUCUUUGAAACACAUCACACCCCGCCACAGACCAAGGACGAUCGAAGGCCAUCGGACGCAAACGAUCUUUCAAGAACAAGUUCCGCCUCUUCUGACAUGUCCUCUCCUCCGCCGCAGUCUCAUGAUGAUUCCCCUCAAAAAUCCCCUUGGCACGAUCGUCGCAGAUCGUCGGCUUCGAACAGAUUGGAAAACUUUGUGAGACCCCAAGAUGCAGAGCAUACAGCCAGAAGGGCAAGUAUGCAGGAUUUCUAUGCUAAACCCGGGUUCUUUGGCAAGAUGUGGAACAAUUGGACUCAUGGUCCCACCACUCCAGGAACAACGGCUCCGGGGUCGAAGAGCGGAGCAAGCAAUAAAGAACCGAGAGACAUCACCACGCUUCGAUCCGAGUAGGAGGCCUAUCAGAUUUGGGAGAUGGAAGAUCGACCAAGUGCACCAGUGCGAACGGAUUCUUUCCUUACGGGUUCGGAACUUGGUCCGCCAAAACCUGAAUCAGCAGACGACCGAGUGCCACACAUAUAAAUUGGUUAUGACCUUUUGCAUUGGGAGGAACUGGCAGGUUACAACAGAAAUUGCACGCCCAGGGGCUGUGUCCA